AUGGAUAAAACGACAGGAAAUAUUACCCCAGGUGGCAGACCAGUAUUACUGGAAAAUCCACCCUCUCAAGAGGUCGGCUCUAUGGAUUCUGGGGAGAGCCAACUAUUGCAGCCUAAUGACCCCUGUAAAAAAAGUUCUAGGUUAUUGAGAUCACCAUCCUUAAAAUCUUUGAGCAAUAUUAUAAAAAAUUCUUCAGCAAUCAGCUCUGGAAUGGAGAUAGACAGCGAACAACAUGAGAGGGAACAACACCUCAACUAUUAUAAAGAAUGGAAAAAAGAAACGAUGAUUAGAAAAUCGCUAGAGAAAACAGUAAACAAACUGCAACAACAGCUGAAUGAAUUGAGCUCAGAGCUGAGAAAGCUGAAAUCGGAGGGAGUGAGUACGCCACAGAGUACUAUCAAUAAUAUCAAUUACGAAACUGAUGAGGAAGAGUUAGCUAAAGAGACAGAAUGGAUUAGAAUUAAAAAUAAAAAUAAGAAAAGAAAGUUAAACACAUCUCUUACUCCCCCUCAACUAAUAAAAAAACUUACGGGGACACCAACAGAAACAGAGACAAAAAUAAAAAAGACAUUAUUACCACCACCAAUUAUGAUGGAUGAUAUUCAAAACUAUGAUGAAUUUUAUAAUAUUAUUAAGAAAGACAUAGCAGAAAAUGACUUCCAAGUAAAAGUUAUGAAUAAAAAUAAUAUUAAAAUUAAUGCAAAAAAUAGUGAUGCCUACCGACAAUUAGUUAAUAUUCUAAAAACUAAUAACCUCAGCUUUCACUCGUAUGAAAAUAAACAGAUAAGACCCAUACGUGUUAUGGCUAAAAAUCUACAUCAUUCUAGCAAGGAAGAAAACAUAAUAGCGGACUUGACAAGACAAGGGUUUAAAGUUCAAAAUGUAGUUAACAAACAAAGCUGGAAAAGGAAAGAACCAUUAGAUAUGUUUGUGUUAUCCUUCGACACAGAAGAAGAUAUUAACAAAAUCUUCCAAAUCAGCAAUAUUAUGAAUUGUAAAGUGGAAAUUCAACCACUUAAAACAAAUAAAUUGAUACCGCAAUGCAAAAAGUGUCAAGCGUACGGACAUACCCAACAAUAUUGCAACAGAGAACCAAGAUGCGUUAAAUGUGCUGGAAAACAUUAUUUUAAAGAAUGUAAGAAAAAGAUAAUGAGUUACCAAAAUGUGUUCAUUGUGGAGAAAAUCAUCCAGCCAACUAUAGAGGAUGCAUGGUAG